GAAACCGAGGAAUGGUCAAUGGCUCGAACAUGCGUGGACAGCGAAGCCGCCGGCCGAGUGUCGAAGAAGCAGAAGAUGUCGUCAGGGGGCACAUCAACUAUGGCGAAACCCACCAUCGACUGGAAGAAAACGCCGUCGUUCCCACCCGCUGAAGGAUCGUGCACUGUGUGGCUUCCUCGAAAGCAGCGCUACUGUUCUCACCACGCCACGUUCGGGUCGACGAAAUGCACAACUCACGCCGCGCUAGACACUGCACCGCCAGGAACGUUAAAUGAAGCAGUCCUCAACACGAAUGAGGACGCGGACGAUGCCACGACCGAAGACAAACCGCCUGAAGUCACGUCGCGAAAAACAAACUUGGACCGGCACUUGAAGCGCAUGCUGAAUCCUUUCUCGAUCCUACCGCUGAAAGAAGCCCCUGUUUGGAGCGAGCUCUUCUCGGAUCCGUCGCUGCCGCUCUGCAUCGACAUCGGGUGCUCGAAGGGGCUGUACAUCCGCGACUACCGCGACAAGAAACAGUUGGAAGCGCACUGGAACUUUCUCGGCGUUGAAAUCUUUGAACCAUACGUGGCGGCGGCGAACGCUGCCACGCGACAGCACCAGUCGCCUCAGCGCACCAAGAACCUGGCGUAUGUUCAUGCCAACAUCAACAACAGCCUCGAGACGCUCCUAUCGGGUAUCCACCAAGUUGGUCGCGUCAGCUUGCUCUUUCCUGAUCCGUGGGGCUGUGGGCUGGCCAAAGAUCACAAAAACAAAAAACGGCGCGUCAUGUCCGCUGCGUUUGCCAAGCGCCUGGCAAAUGCCAUGCCGCUGCAUUCCGAGUUCUACUUGGCCAGUGACUACGAGGACUUGGCCCGAGACAUUCGAGCGCAUUUGUUGGCCACUGGUGGUUUCAACAUUCCCGUGGACGGCCCGUACGUGCCUACCUUGACAGCGUCGGCAAUUCGACAAAGCUACGAGAACAAAAAGUUGCAGAAGGAGCGACUCCUCGACACGACGAAAGCGGUCGGCAAAGUCGCCAUGGAUUCGGAUGCAUCCACAUUGUGGCUGGCAACGAUGCCGCUAGGCGUCCCCACGGAACGCGACGUGAUUUGCGAAAACCAGUGGCGUCCUGUGUACCGCCUUGUGCUUAUUCGUAAUGGCACUGCCGUGCCGCCGUCGUCGUAAGAUAACAAACUGAACGGCUUCUUCCACACAAA